AUGGCGGUCGAAAAGAAAGACAAACCUUCACAACGAAACCUCGGCCUCAAAAUCCUGAAGAGCGUGGCCGACUUCUUCAACAACAAGAUCCAGCCGCAUCUGGAGCCUAUCUCAUUCAUCAGCCUGCAUUACAUCUACUUUUGCGGGACAUGUAUGCUGGCCGCCAUCAUCUUCUGGGCGUCUUCUACUCCUUCUCAGAGCGUCAGAUUCAUCGACAGUUUCUUCCUUGUUGUGUCCGCAAUGACAGAAGCCGGCCUCAACACUGUCAAUCUGUCCCAGCUCAACACAUGGCAACAGGUCAUGCUGUUCUUGCUCAUUAUCAUGGGCUCUUCGAUAUUUGUUUCGAUUGCCAUCCUGCAUAUCCGCAAGACCGCCAUGGAGAAACGACUUGAAGAGCUCGCUGAUCGUAAGCGACGCCGCCUGGGAAUUCGAACACUCACGUUUUCUCUUUCAAAGAGGAGAGUCACUGAUUACGGUCGAAAAGAGGAUGCGGUGGCCUCUGGCGUCGUUCAAGGCAGUCGGAUCAAGGACCCUAUUCCUGACGAGGAGUAUCAGCCAACGUUUGCGAGCCGUGUCCGUUCCGAAUCUACGAGCAAUAUGGUACGCCCAGAAGCCCCGCCGAUCAGCGCUGGUGAUCCUGAGAACGGUCAAACGGAAUCCGGACACAUCACUUUCGGAGAAGAUCCUCGUCCCGUGCGAGAGCAGACUGGCCGUUCCCAGCUUCAACGCCGCAGGAGCUUUCUUUCCAACGUUAACCGUGGAGUCGCGGCACAUUCGGCAGCGAACCAUCCACGCUAUGCGCAGCCAAUUCUACACGUGGAUGAGAAAGGAUCAGGUCAAGAACAUCGACAACGCGCUGGUUCGCUUGCAAAGCUCCACAACUAUCUUGAUUCUGUGUAUGGACUUCUUGGUCGAAACAGCCGAUUCUACCAUCUGAGCGAAAAGGAAAGACGAGCACUUGGCGGGAUCGAGUAUGAUGCUAUCUGUGUCCUUUCGUGGCUCGUUCCUAUCUACUUUGUUGUCUUCCAACUCUGUGGAGCUAUUGGUGUCGGCGCAUGGCUGCAGAUCAAUCGACCAGACACCGCCUACCAGAACGGUCUGAAUCCAUUCUGGACGGGCGCCUUCUUUGCGGUCAGCGCUUUCAACAACUCCGGUAUGGCUCUUCUCGAUGCAAACGCUACCGCAUUGCAGACUAGCUACUAUUGUCUGCUGACUUUGAGUCUGCUGAUUCUUGCGGGCAACACAUGCUUUCCACCGUUCCUCAGGCUCAUCCUGUGGACCAUGAAGAAAGCCAUUCCCAAGACCAGUUCGCCGCGGCUUCAGAAGUGGAAGACGGUACUUACUUUCAUCCUCGAUCACCCCAGGCGUGUUUAUACCAAUCUGUUUCCGGCAAAGCAUACCUGGUGGUUGGUGUUCUCACUAGUUCUCUUGAACGGAAUAGACUGGAUCGCCUUCGAGGUCCUCAGCAUUGGCAACCCGGUUGUCGAAUCCAUUGAACCAAAAUACCGAGUCCUUGAUGGCCUCUUUCAAGCGUUCGCCGUUCGCGCUGGAGGAUUCUAUGUGGUUCCUAUCUCCGGCCUUUAUCCAGGUCUUCAAGUGCUGUACGUCCUGAUGAUGUACGUUUCCGCCUUUCCGGUGACUAUCACCAUCCGCAAUACCAACGUAUAUGAAGAGCGCUCCCUUGGUAUCUUUGCCGACGAUCAGCCGCAAGAAUCGAUUGCGGCGCCAGCUGCUCAAGGUGGAGCGAAUGAAUUGUUACGGGGACUGAAGCGAACAUUGACUGGGGAUGGCGGGCUCAGAAAGGCUCCAACAGCGAAGUCGGCUAGCGAUUGGUCAAACCAAGACUUCCUGCGCAUGCAGCUACGUGGACAACUUGGGCAUGACAUCUGGUGGAUCUCACUCGCCGUCUUUCUCAUCGCCAUUAUCGAAACGGGCCAGUUCAACCGAGACCCCGUUGUCUUCUCAGUCUUCAACAUCAUCUUCGAAGUCGUCUCAGCGUAUGGUUGCGUCGGCAUUUCUACUGGAGUACCAUGGAACGCGUACUCAUUCUGCGGCGCAUGGCAUACGGGAAGCAAGUUGAUAUUGUGUGCUGUCAUGUUGAGAGGCCGGCACAGAGGGUUGCCUGUGGCGAUUGACAGGGCUAUACUACUGCCGAGUACAACGCUCGAUUGGGCGGAAGAGGAAGAUGCGCAUCGAAAGGGCAAGUCGAGGUCGGCAAGCCGAAUGCGAAAUGGGAAUGACGUCUCGAACGAUGUCAAUCAAGUUGUAUAG